AUGCGCCGCCCCCACAAUGGUCUACGCCCUCUCGCACCUCGACGAUCCCUCCAGCUGUGUGCACCUCCAGCCAUCACCAUAGUCGAACCAGUGACUCCGCCCAUUCCUUGUCCUAUUAUUGCUUCCGAAAUCCCUGUGUGCUCAUUCGGGUACUCAAGCUCACUGUUUGCUGCACUCGACUACAACAACCUGACCCGGAAAAGCAGGACGUGUUGCACCUGCUACCUAUUCUGGCGGCCGCUCGGAAACCAGGCUUAA